AUGCCAGCGACGAGUUCGCUGACGUCUUGCGAGUCAUCGCUGACCAUCUCAGACUGGCAACACACUCGCACCUCCCCAGCCAGGGUCCGCUUUGUUGACACGCCCACCAGCACGCCUGCGGACUCCCCUCGUGCAUAUGACGUGAGCACGAGCCAGUCGAUCUUCUACGAAGAGACCGAGGACUACGAUAGGUCCAGCAGCGAGGAUGAGACACCCAGCUCGCAGAGCCCUAUCGAGUCAUCAAACACGACAAACAAGCAUGACCUCAUUCGGCAAGCCAGCCCACCCCUGUCGACCGGGCCCGUCCAAACCAGCCACAGCUCUCUAGGGAGGAGCUCUAGCUCGCGAAUGGCCUUGCCCUCGAGCAGCUCGUCUGAGAGCAAGUCUGACUCAGCCACCGACUGCAUCGGGCUAAGACACGAUCUGUCAGACUGUCCCUUCGAGCAGACCAGCCUCAGUUUUGCCGUGCGCAGAGGAUCACUAGGAUCGAACGAGAGCAGAAGCAGUGGCUCCAUCAGGCUCGAGCAUUUCAGGCUCGUACAGGAAGACCAGGCUGCCGAAUUUGAGCGCAUCUACAGUGGUCUUGUUGCACUAGGACACGAGAUAGACGAGCUGCCGCCUCUUGGAGCAGACAUCGAGACGCCAGAGCGUCCGUUCGCCGAGAUCGUCAAAGAGCGCACGCACGAGGCUGCGACAGACGCCGAGGAUCGAGAGCGGACAGAUGAUCGCACAGCGUUCAGGUCAAUACGAACGUCACGAGAGCAGAUCGAGAAAGAGGCAUUGUACGCUACCCACGAGUUCGAGUUUGAUGUCGUCAUGGUCAAAGAGCGUCUGUCGACCAUCCUCGAGGGCAACAGCACAGACAGUCUCGCAUUCGUCGAACAAGAGUGUCAGCCUCCGACAGAUGAGCACGCAAUGAUGACCACCUCGACGCGGUCUGGCCAGGAAGAGCCAUGGAUCGCUAUCUCACUCGAGCCCGUGUCUGAUGGGGAUGCAGUUGCGCGUCAAUUGGAGCCAAAGUCUCGGGUGUCAGCGCUGUUCCACGUCAAUCCGGAGCUCAGGGCCGUAGAGUCAUCGGUACCCAACGUCCUCAUCUGCGAGCCCAUCGUGCUCGAGUGCGAGCCAGACGCGCCUCGUGCCUUGCCGCUCGGUCUCGCCUUGUCGACGACAGAAUGGGAUAUCGUCAAGUGGUCAGAGGGUCUACAAGCUUACUCCGAGUCCCCCUAUGGUCCCCUCACUUCGAAAGAAGAAUCGCAGACCGAGCGAUCCAGCUUCUGGCGAAGGAAAGCUAGAUCGGCAUCUCAGUCUCAAUCGGCCGGCCCCUCUUCGCCCGCCAUGUCAUCGGUCGCAUCACUCGGCGGCUCAUACGUCAGCACUGCAACAUCACGUUCGAGUCAGAGCAGGAUCAAGCCACAGGUCAAGCUGCGUCAGAGUGCCCAAAAGAUCACCGGCAUCGCCAGACGAGCCGCUCAGCAUCUCACAUUUGCAGAAUGGACCGAUCGUCUCAAGCCGCUCGCGACGUUGGGUGUGGUAGCAGAAGUGCAAGCAGUCGUAAGCAUCAAUGGAUCAACAGGUUCCCGUCUCAGUAUUCCCCGUAGGCCGUGUCGCGGUAAGCGAGCAGUAUUGCAUACGCAGAUAGAGACAACGAAGGAGGAUGCAAAAUCAGAGUCCAUGCAGUGA